UUUUUUUUCAUCACGAGCUCUAGAAUAAUCGUAGGAAAUUACAGCAAACAAAUCGUUUAUAUCGUAUAUAAAAACUCGCGUACUCAAAAUAUGUUUAGUUUUGAAAAAUAAAGUCUCUUUUAAAGUACAGAAAGUACACUUAAAACACAUGAUGUCUGCUUAUACUUUGUUAGCUUUAACAUUGAUAAUGUCUGUUGGAGGCUUGGUAGAGGCAUGGAAGAGAUGUUAUGAGCAAUCGGAUUGCGAUCGGAUGACAGAAUGUUGUUCUAAACAUUUUAUGACCCCAGAAGCUUACUGCGUGAAAAGGCGACUACUUGGGGAAAUGUGCCUAGAUGGAGAUCUGUAUACUACGAUGAUUAAUGGCACGUAUGACAUCACGUGUCCCUGCAUCGUCGGAUUAGAAUGUAGGAAGCCAAAAUAUUAUGAUGAAUAUGGAAGACUCAUGUAUCAAAGAAAUCCUUCAUGCGUACCAAUAGGAUCAGACCAAGCUCCUUUGGAAUAUUAUUUGAAUGGAUUUGGUGGAUAUAACGAUGUUUACGAUGAUGGUAGAAAUUUUGGCGGCAAUCCAAUAAUUGUCACUUCUGACAGAUAUGGGGGCAGACCAUAUGCAUCCAAUGAUCCAAUGCCUGUUUCAAGAGCUAACGCUUAUGUUUAUAGAGGCUAGAUUUUCUUUGUAAGAAUAAAAACGCGGUUUGAUCAAUUGUAUAGUUUUUAUUUUUUAAGCCAAAUAAAUGAACAAAUAAAAUGUUUCAUUGAGAAUUGA